UCAUCGUCUUCAAACGAAACAUGGCGGAAGGCUAAAGAUGUUGAGGAAAACGGAAGUCACAGUCGGCCUUCGUUGAAUUUUAUUAGUUUGCGAAAAGGUUAUGGAAAGAAGCUCUAUCACUCCAGAUCAGCUAUUAAGGAUAUUCAAUGAAGCGCCUUCGUCGACUGUUUCGCCUUCCAAAAUCUGUGGACAUGAAAAAUUUUACACCCAUCCUCCUUUGUUACCUGGAGAACAGAUUGUAUCACAGCAGGAUCAUGUAACAUGCGUGGACACCUUUGAUGAUAUUACUGAAGGAGUACUGCACAUUACCACAUACAGAGUUAUUUUUGCAGGUUCUCAUGUGCAGCAUGUUCUAGAUGAGCAUAGGUUUGUUGAUGCUGAUCCUGAGGAGGUAGCAAGGAGAGGGCAUCACUUUCAAACAAGCUCUAGGAGGACCUCUUUCAGCCACUCUAAAUGUCACGCAUCAAGGAGUUUUGAGGAGACUCUUCCAAGGAAACCAAAUAAAAGGUUGAGUGCCCAUAACAUUUCUAAGAAAAUCAAAUCAGGUGGCCUAAGAAGAGGGCUGCGGCACAGCCAGUCUAUGAUAAGGAAGAACCAUUCACUGGGUACUCUUCCUGGUUUUCAUGAACAAAGUGUUAAAUUACAAACCCUGAGGCCAAUUGUUCUGUCAAAUAUUGAACAUAUUGAUCAUAGUUAUGAAGUUAAGGUGUCCAUCCCUCUUUCAAGCAUUUUUGAUAUUAAGAAGUUCUCUAAGAAGAACUUGCCAAAAGACAAACAAAUGUUUUUGUUGGAUGGAUUUGAGAUUCUCUGUGGCAACAUCCAAUCGCAUAGGUUCUGUCCAGGUCCUCUGAGCUUACUUGAUGCAGAGUCUGUUAUGAAAAUCAUAAAUCAAACUUCAAAAGUAGAUUUUCGUAAGUUAUUUGCCUUUACUUAUAAAAGCUCCAUCAUCCUGCCUACAUCAUGUACUAUUUUAGACAGUAAAGAUGCUCCAAACUUCUACAAGUUUGAAUCAGAGUGUGAUAGACUCAAGUUAUUUCAUGCUGGAAACUGGAAACUUCACAAAGGGACACGGCCUUUACAGUAUCCAGCAAAAGUGGUCGUGCCGAUUCAAGUGACAAAGAAGGAGUUAACAGAAAUAGCAAAUGUUCACAGAGGAGAAGGAUGCUUCCCUGUAGUUUGUUGGAGACAUAUCAGUAGUGAUGCAGUCAUGUUAAGAUCACCUGCAGCAAUUUUCAGAAGAGGCCUGAAAGACUCGCGUUGCCAAGCAGAUGAAAAGUAUCUUGUAACAGUCAGUGCACUGAGUGAAGCUGCUACAGACAAACUGGUUGUUUUUUCUGAACAAAUAAGACAGUCAGGAGGAGGUUUAUUGAACUCCUCACAACAAGUCACGCAAAUGACAGGACAGCUUACUCCACAGGAAGGCGAGACUUUCUAUUAUCCUAACAUCAAGUUUAUGUAUGCUGACGGAUUACCAGAUGUCAAAGCCGUGAAGCAGAGUGCGUACAGACUGCAAGCAGUUCUCUCGAACAGAAGUGAUGACAAUAAAUGGCUUUCGGCGUUGGAGGAUUGUGAUUGGUUGAAUCAAGUCAGCGAGCUACUCCAGACAGCCGCCCAAGUAUCAGUUGCCAUGGAGUGUGACAAGUCAUGUGUUAUGAUCAGUUAUGAAGAUGGAAUGGACAGAACAGCUCAGGUCGCGAGUCUUGCUCAAUUGCUGCUGGAUCCUUUUUACAGAACAGUGGCUGGCUUUCAGGUCUUGAUUCAAAAGGAGUGGUUAUCAUUUGGUCACAAAUUUUAUUGCCGUACCAUGCUCCCGCAGGCUCAUGAUGAUCACAGUCCUGUGUUCCUUCAGUGGUUAGACUGUGUUUGGCAGGUCCUUCGACAGUUUCCAUUCUCGUUCCAGUUUAACAGCCUCUUACUUGAGGUAAUUGCAGAACAUGUAUAUUCUACGCGAUUUGGAACGUUUAUUACCAAUACAGAAAGCGAAAGAGACGAGGAAGAAUAUGAGGAUAAGACAAUUUCUCUUUGGACCUGGUUAAACGUGACUAUCAUGGCAUACCCAGACAAGUUCAACAAUUUGCGUUAUAGGGAAGACCAGGGACCCCGAGUGCUUCAUCCCCAGUACAGAAUUCCUUACCUCAAAAUAUGGUCGUCACUCUAUGUCAAUCGCUAUCGUUAUGAUCAUGUUCAUGAUGCUUCUAAAGCAGCCGAGCUAGAGGCGCUGAAACUGGAAGAAAGAUACAAGGCGCUCCAGCAAAAAUAUUGUAGGUUGAUUGGUCAACUUGCCAAAUUGGACUCCGAAGACUACUCCUCCACACUUUCCUUCCACACAUCUACUCUUCACCGAGCUUUACAAGAAAAAAGUUCAAAAGAUCAUUUCGGGGUGUUUAACGGUAGCAGUGAAAGCUCAAUUGAUCGCGGACUUGACGCAUCUGGGACCUGGCCAAGCAAGUCUUCUGACCUAUACGAGGAGGACCCGGAUGCUCUGAUGUCAUCUAUGAAGUCGUUAUCUCUGUCGAGGCGGAUGAUUCGCAGUCGUUCGUUGGAUGAUAUGUUGAACAUUGGUCAGCGGCAAAAAAGGGCUCCCAAGAAAACAGCGUUGUUGCGACGGGUUGGGAGCAGCAAAUUCUACACUGAGCAGUUACUUAAUGCUUUCAAUACAGAGCCUACCACUGAUGUGAGAAAUCGUCCGAUCUCCGAGAAAUACAACAGCAUUAAAGAGUAUCUCCACAGCGAAGGUAUUGAUUUUCGCUCAGAGAAGGAUGUUCAAGUGACUGAAUCACAAUGCUGUGGCUAUAUGGUCAAACAAGGGCAGGUUCGAAGAAAUUGGAAGACACGGUGGUUUGUACUCGACCUCACUAAAAAGUACUUGGCUUACUUUGAAACGGAAAAGGCGGAUAGUCCCAAGGGAGCCAUCAGCUGUAAGACCAUUACCCGUGUGUAUGAACACAAGAAAUGUGGAAAGAGCAAACAUCAGUUCCUGUUUUGUGUGGACACUCCAGGUCGUACAUACACCAUGUAUACACCGAGUGAGCAAAGUAUGAAAAUUUGGAUGACAUGCCUCACGAUAUCACCGGCUGCUAUCGAACUUCAGAGAGAUGAAACGUAACGAACUUGGAGUGCCGUUGAACUUCAGAGAGAUGAAACGUAACGAACUUGGAGUGCCGUUGAACUUCAGAGAGAUGAAACGUAACAAACUUGGAGUGCCGUUGAACUUCAGAGAGAUGAAACGUAUCAAACUUGGAGUGCCGUUGCAAACCUUCUCAUAAUGGCUGAGAAUUGGCAUUGAAGCGAGUGUGUCUGUGAGAUGGAAUCUUUCAGAAGCUCGUCAAAUAGCUCUUCUCGAGAUGCCGCCCUUACUUGGCUGCAGGCAGUAGAUGCACAAGAGGCAUUAUUGAGUUACUGAGGGAAAUUCAGCAAAAUUUUGAAUGUGAAUGUCAAAUCGCACGUUAGAUGUUAGUCUUUUCAGGGAACCAUAUUCAGUUAAAAGACAUUGUUUUUCAAGGAACCAUUGUUGGUCGGAGCCAUUGUGUUGUUGUGUGGCAUUGUUUAUUUAUUUUCAAUUAAAAUUGGUUGAAUGCCACCACGCAUACAGGGCUGAGUAUUAACAGUGGCUUCCUGGUUGAAACAUUAAUUACGUAAUGGUACAUAGUUGGGAAAUAGGCCAUUUUACAGUUGUGUACUUGUUGCCAAGCCUUUGAUUCAGAGUGAGGCUAUAGGUGACCUUGUUGU